AUGACCGGCGCGACCAGAAGAAGUGUCAAGAAGUCAAGAGGUGGUUGUAAAAGAUGUAAAUCUCAACACCUUAAAUGUGAUGAGCUGAAGCCGCAAUGCGGCAGAUGCGUUCGAUUGGGAGUGGACUGUGGUUACCCUUCCCAGUCCCUCAAAUGGUCAACAAAACAUGAAGUCGGCCGUUCUGAGUCUGUAUCAGAACCUCCCGCUCAUAUUGCAUCAAACGUUGGGGAAUUCCAGUUCUCGAUCAAUGCUUCUUCACCUUCGCCCGUGGCACCAGAGCUUGACUGGUCACAACUCCUCUUCCAGCCGGCAAUGGAUGGUGUGGUGACGGAUCACGAUGAGCCACCACUCUUCUCAACAGAGUCAAAUUGGAAUGUUGCUCAAUCACCGGGAGGGUUUCCAUCCUGGCAGAUGGUAUCAGCAGCGCCAACUCCGUCCACGGCCCUGCGUAAAGCACGAGAAAAGCAGCCGGCUCAGCAGCGUCAACAAACGAUGCUCCAAACGCUUCAGGGGAGAAGAGCAGCUUUUUCUCCUCAAAUUCAGUCAUCGUUGACACAUCAGUCCUCUGAACUGAUUUCGUAUUACUUCAAAGAAGUCCCUGGCGUGUACUCCAUGUACGACAGUGCGAAGAAUCCAUUCAGGUCAGCUGUCUCGAAUCUUUUCAGCCACUCACAAGUGGUGAAUGUUGCUGCGCAAAGCAUGGCCGCCGGCUUUCUCGUAGAGGUCCAUCCUCGAUUUGCCUCAAUCGGCCGGAAACUUCGACAGGAAGCUUUCGAAMUCAUACAGAAGGAGCCCAGCAGCACCAGCUACAACGCCAUGCUUGCACUGUCAAUGUUUGGACCUACUGGAAAUUGGAUCGAAGCCUUCGAUCUUGGAAUUCCUUUCUACAAGAUGAUGCGAGAGCGUGUUGACGCUGCAAGGGCUUCUGGUAUGCUUGGCGACGAGCACUACCACUUUUUCGAAGAAGCGUUGGUGUUUUGGGAGAUGAACCUGGCAUUUGCGGUCGAUGAGGRUGUGAUCAAACCUGGACCCAGUCUGGCGGAAUCACGAAUGCUCUUACCCUCAAGGAAACGUACGGCGCAUCCGUGGACUGGAGUGGCAGGGGAAGUUGUUCAACUCGUCGCAGACAUCGGUCGGCUUGUUCGCGCAAAUAGGUCCCGGAUGCGGAACCAAAAGUUUGUCACUCAGGCCUGUCUUGACCAGUUCAACAGAGAUCUUGUGGUAGCGCGAGACCUCGAGAGGCGCAUCUUGUCAUAUCAAAGUCCAGACGAAGGCAGCAUUGUUGAUCUCGAAGACGACACUACAUCCGUUCAACACCUCACCACGCUUGCCGAAGUCUAUCGAUAUGCAGGAAUGUUGCAACUGUAUCGUGUAUUCCCGGAUCUGCUUUCGGAUCGUCUUGCUGUCGAAGACGCUGCGCCGAACCAAUGGCCGUCUAAUCCACAAUCAGCUCCAACCAGUAGAGAUGGCGCUAGCUGGCUAUCAGCAUUUGCCAUUGAAGCCCUGCGACUGUUGGAGACGGUACCUUUGGAAUCUGGAACACGAGAUUUCCAACCCUUCCUCCUGGUCCUCUGCGCUAGCGAAUUGACGUGCGAUGAUAAUGCACCUCCGAGUUCUCCUGAUGAUGGAGUAAGCGCUGCAUUCCUCGACGUUGUGAUGAUUCGCAAGUUCGUACUCGACCGUCUCACGACUUGUCUACGAUUACUACCUCCGAAGCCCGUUCGGGUUUGUAUUGAUAUCGUCAAGGAAACUUGGCGGAGGAUCGAUGCCGGACAAAAGGGCGUUUAUUGGCUCGAUGUGAUGGCUGAGAAGGGAUGGGAAACUAUUAUGGCCUAG